UCAGCGGGUUUAUAUUAGCGUGGCCCAGUCGCCUUCGGCCUCUGCUGCGCGGGCCUUAGAGACACGCGCUUUUGCUUCGCGCUGGUCAUGGCUGACUAUUUGAUUAGCGGGGGCACGUCGUAUGUGCCAGACGACGGACUCACGGCACAGCAGCUCUUCAAUUGCGGAGACGGUCUCACCUACAAUGACUUUCUUAUUCUUCCUGGAUACAUCGACUUCACUGCAGACCAAGUGGACCUGACCUCUGCGUUGACCAAAAAAAUUACUCUGAAGACUCCACUUGUUUCCUCCCCAAUGGACACAGUCACUGAGGCUGGGAUGGCCAUAGCAAUGGCGCUUACUGGUGGAAUUGGCUUCAUCCACCACAACUCUACACCUGAAUUCCAGGCCAAUGAAGUUCGGAAAGUAAAGAAAUAUGAGCAGGGAUUCAUAACAGACCCUGUGGUACUCAGCCCCAAAGAUCGUGUAAGAGAUGUAUUUGAGGCCAAGGCAAGGCACGGCUUCUGUGGGAUCCCUAUCACAGACACAGGCCGAAUGGGAAGCCGCCUAGUAGGCAUCAUCUCCUCCCGGGACAUUGAUUUUCUCAAGGAGGAGGAGCAUGACCGAUCUCUAGAAGAGAUCAUGACAAAGCGGGAAGACUUGGUGGUGGCUCCUGCAGGCGUCACAUUAAAGGAAGCAAAUGAAAUUCUGCAGCGAAGCAAGAAGGGAAAGUUGCCCAUUGUAAAUGAAAACGACGAGCUGGUGGCCAUCAUCGCCCGGACAGACCUGAAGAAGAACCGGGAUUACCCACUGGCCUCCAAAGAUACUAAGAAGCAGCUGCUGUGUGGUGCAGCCAUUGGCACACAUGAAGAUGACAAAUACCGGUUGGACUUACUAGCCCAGGCUGGUGUGGAUGUAGUGGUUCUGGACUCUUCCCAGGGUAAUUCCAUCUUCCAGAUCAACAUGAUCAAGUACAUCAAAGAGAAAUAUCCCAGUCUCCAGGUCAUUGGAGGCAAUGUGGUGACUGCUGCUCAGGCUAAGAACCUUAUUGAUGCAGGUGUGGAUGCCUUGCGGGUGGGCAUGGGCAGUGGCUCCAUCUGUAUUACCCAGGAAGUGCUGGCCUGUGGGCGGCCCCAGGCAACAGCUGUAUACAAAGUAUCAGAGUAUGCUCGACGCUUUGGUGUUCCAGUCAUUGCUGAUGGAGGAAUACAAAACGUGGGCCAUAUUGCCAAAGCCUUGGCCCUUGGAGCCUCUACAGUUAUGAUGGGUUCCCUCCUGGCUGCUACUACUGAAGCACCUGGUGAAUACUUCUUCUCUGAUGGGAUCCGGCUGAAGAAAUACCGUGGGAUGGGUUCUCUUGAUGCCAUGGACAAACAUCUUAGCAGCCAAAACCGAUAUUUUAGUGAAGCUGACAAAAUCAAGGUGGCCCAGGGUGUGUCUGGGGCUGUGCAAGACAAAGGAUCCAUACACAAGUUCGUCCCUUACCUGAUCGCAGGUAUUCAACACUCCUGUCAGGACAUCGGUGCCAAGAGUUUGACCCAAGUCCGAGCCAUGAUGUACUCUGGGGAACUCAAGUUUGAGAAGAGAACAUCCUCAGCUCAGGUAGAAGGUGGUGUCCACAGCCUCCAUUCGUAUGAGAAGCGGCUUUUUUGA